AUGAAUCAACUUUUGGAUAAGUCUGGCGACGGCCCGCAUACAAAAAUCGGCCAAAGCAUCUUGCCUUCAAAUUUCUCUUUGCCUUUUGAAGAUUUAUUCUUGGGAGAAUUGAGUUGGAAUCAUCAGUACUCCGUCAUGAGCACGUCCAGAAAUGCUUCAGGAAGAAACAGUUUUACCAUUGCGUUUGUUGAUUUACCUCUUUUCACCAUACGUCAAAACGGGGCCAGCCUACCUGACAUCUUCUAUUUUCUAUCUCUUGCUGUAACCAUGCGUACACUGACUGUUGUUCCUUUGUUAGCUAGUGAUGGAAGCAUGGAGGAGAAGGUCAUAAAUGAGGAGUAUAAAAUUUGGAAGAAGAACACACCAUUCUUGUAUGAUAUGGUGAUGACACAUGCUUUGGAAUGGCCGAGUCUCACCGUUCAAUGGCUACCUGAUAUACAAAAGGUAUUAGUUGAAGUUUUGAAGGCCAUUUCUGGAGGAAAAGGGAUAGCCAGGUUUUCGUUAGAUGUAGAAUUUUAG